UUCUAGAGAUUGCAAGUAAUCGUGGGUAAAGCGAGAGGCGACUAUUUGUGGAGCUGAGGAGUUCAGAAUUACUGCGGCGCAUCUCAAGCGUGUCUCCGCCCACAUUACAGGUCACGGUGACGUAUUAAUCCGAGCGCUUUCAUUUCCAUCCUAGGCGCUGUUCUAUUUCUGGAGCCGGUGGUUCAUCUAGUGACUUGGCACGUAGGUUCAUGGCCGGCAUCCUGCCCGUCACAUGUCCCUUCAGGAGCCUUCAGUGAAGCUUCUAUUGGCCUAGGCUUUCCGGGGGUGCAAGAGCGAUUACAGCCGUCUGACAGGAGACAGGACUGCGUUCUUUCCAGACACAGCUGGUAUUGCGGAGCUGAAGGCACCGUCUGUCAGGGUCCAUCUUCCCUUACGCACUACAGCCACCGCUUCCACGGUAUGCUUUAAAUUUAACCGGCUACAGUGAGCAUCGACCUCUAACAAUCUGGCGAAUUUCUGUACAGCACGCUGCAAUAAAGCUAAUCGUCUUCUCAGAAAGAACCUGAGGAUCUGCUGACAAAGUGAGGAGACAAUGAAGUUUGGGCCUCAGACUCUGCAGAGAAGAUGGAGCUGGAAGAAGACCUGACGUCUGGACCAGAGGAAAAGGAACAACAACAGAGAAGACAUCACUCAGUUGGAAGAUUUAUUGUGUAUCGGUACUUACACAAUGUCCCGUUGCUGUGAUAACCUACUGUGGGAUGUAAGAAAGCGUACCCUUGGAUUGCAUGAGCCAGAUACUGUUCGUAUCAACUAUUUAGGAAGAAGAGAGUUUAUUCAAAGACUUAAACUGGAAACAACUCUGAAUGUACAUGAUGGCUGCGUAAAUACAAUUUCUUGGAACAGUACAGGGGAAUACUUACUUUCUGGUUCUGAUGACACUACUUUAGUAAUUUGUAACCCUUACAGUAAAAAGGUCUUGACACAGAUUCGUUCCGGUCACCGAGCUAACAUUUUUAGUGCAAAGUUCUUGCCACUUACAAAUGAUAAGCAAAUUAUAUCAUGCUCAGGAGAUGGAGUUAUUUACUACACUAAUAUUGAAACUGAUGCAGAGACGAAUAGACAAUGCCAAUUUACUUGUCACUCUGGAACUGCAUAUGAGAUCAUGACUGUGCCAAAUGAUCCCUAUACAUUUCUGUCAUGUGGUGAAGACGGCACUGUAAGGUGGUUUGAUAUUCGAAUGAAAGCAAGUUGUACAAAAGAGGACUGCAAGGAUGAUAUUUUAAUCCAUUGCCGACGUGCAGCUACAUCAAUAACUGUAUGUCCUCCAGCACCAUAUUACCUUGCAGUUGGAUGUUCAGAUAGUUCUGUGAGAAUAUACGAUCGACGGAUGCUUGGAACAGGCAGUUUUUCAAAUCGUGGAACAAUGGGAAUGUGUGUACGAUUUGUACCCCCACAUCUUGCAAACAAGUCUUGCCGUGUUACCUCUUUGUGUUAUAGUGAAGAUGGGAGUGAGGUCCUUGUGAGCUACUCAUCAGAUUACAUAUAUUUAUUUGAUCCAAACGAUGACCAAGCAAAAGAACUCAAGUUUUCAUCAGCCAGUCAGAAGCAAGAAGAGGUACGUCAGUCUCCACUGAAGCGCCUCAGGUUACGAGGAGAUUGGUCAGAUACAGGACCCAGAUCAAGACCUGAAAGUGAACGUGAACGAGAUGGUGAUCAGGUGACUAAUGCAUCUUUAAUGCAAAGAAUGUCUGACAUGCUUUCAAGAUGGUUUGAAGAAGCAAGUGAAGUUGCGCAAAGAGGAAGAAAUCAAAACAGAGGUGGUUUACGGUCAAACACACCAGUUUCACAGUCCACUGGCUCAAGUACAGAGUCACAAGCAUCUUCCAUAUCAAAUCAGUCUGAUGUAAAUGUAAAUCCACCUCCUGUUAGCGUUAAUAGGUCACCUGCGGAGAACAUGGAACAACAGACUUCAUCUUCAUCUGACAAAUCUUCUGAUUCUACUUCUAUGAUAAGCAAACAUCUUGGAUCCAUGUCACUUGAUGAAAAACGGGUCACAGAAAAUGCAAAAUUUGGUCCUGAAGCCGAGGCAAGUGAACCUGUGUUGCAAUUAAACUACAGCACAGAAGGAACUACUACAAGUACAAUAAGACUGGACUUCACAGAUGAAUGGAGUAACACUGCCUCCAGUUCUGUAGCUGUGAAAGUUGGACACACAAAUGAUUCUUCACCAGUAGAACCUACUAAUUCAAAUGAAGUACAAGCUGCAGCACAAUAUGGAGCCAAUCCUCAAGUCAAUAGUACUAAUGAAAACCAAAGGGAACCAAAUGCAGCCUUACAUGUGGAGGUGCAUCCUGAAACUUCAAUAAAUCUAUUGCAAACAGAGGUUCAUUCUGCAUCUUCUGAACACCGUGAAGCAGGUAGUGAUGAUGACACAGUUCGGUUACCACCAGCAGCACAGGCACAAAACAGAUUAAGUGUCGGAAGGCCAUCAGUAAGUGAUAGAUUAACAAGGAGAUCUGCUGCAGCUCGCAUCCAAGAACUCUUUAGAAGAAGAAAGGAAAGAAAGGAAUUGGAAGAAUUAGACAUGCAAAAUAUUCACCAGCCUUCUUCAAAACUUGUGUACAAGGGUCACAGAAACUCAAGAACAAUGAUCAAAGAAGCUGGGUUUUGGGGUAAGAACUUUGUCAUAAGUGGUUCAGACUGUGGUCAUAUUUUCAUCUGGGAUCGGCAUACAACUGAGCAUCUGAUGCUUUUAGAAGCAGACAAUCAUGUUGUAAACUGUCUUCAACCACAUCCAUAUGACCCACUUUUAGCAUCAUCUGGGAUAGACUACAAUGUAAAGAUCUGGUCACCACUGGAACAAGACAAGUCUUUCAGCUGGGAACUAGCUGAAGAGGUUAUUUCGCGUAAUGAAUUAAUGUUGGAGGAAACUCGAAACACCAUUACAGUGCCUGCAUCUUUCAUGCUGCGGAUGUUAGCUUCUCUUAACCAUAUCAGAGCAGACAGAACAGAGCAAAGUGAAGAAGGUACUGCACAAGAAAAUGUGAAUGAAGAAGAGUGAGAUGGUUUACACUAUAUCUACAUAAUAUGUACACUAUUCCUUCUUAAAACAGUAAUAUUUUGGUUCAAAGUUCUAUUCUUUAUUGUAAGUAGAGCCUUAAAACACAUUGUGUUAUAUAGUUUACAAAUAAAAAGAAUACUUGUUA